CGUGCGCGCUGCCUCACCUGACGUACCAGCUGAAACUAGUCAACACGACAACACAGGGCGGAGUGAGUCCACCUUGUGGGCUUGUGGCCCAACCCAACCGCCCAAGCAAUCCACAACCACUGGUGCAACAAAGCUGGAUAAGCAAGCAAUCAACAAUUCAACAGUACCCUUCGAUGGCAGUCCGUUCAAGCUCAGUCAUGGCACUCGGCGUGGCUCCCGAAAGCCAAGACCAACGCCGCUACGGCAGCCGGAUCACCGCCUUCGUCUUGCUCUCGUGCGUCGCCGCUGGCAUGGGCGGCGUCAUCUUCGGCUACGACAUCGGAGUCUCCGGCGGUGUGUCGUCAAUGGACGCGUUCCUGCGGCGGUUCUUCCCGGAGGUGUACCAGCGGAUGAAGGGCGGCAAGCGCGUCAGCAACUACUGCCGAUUCGACAGCCAGCUGCUCACCGUUUUCACGUCCUCGCUCUAUCUCGCCGGCCUCAUCACCACGUUCUUCGCCUCGACGAUCACCGCCAGGUGCGGCCGCCGCCCCUCCAUGAUCGUGGCUGGUGCCGCCAUUAUCGCUGGCGCCGCAUUGGGGGGAGCGGCCGUGGAUCUUUCCAUGGUGAUCUUUGGCCGUGUUCUCCUCGGCGUGGGCCUCGGCUUCGGUAAUCAGGCGGUGCCUCUGUACCUGUCGGAAAUGGCUCCGCCGUCGCGUCGAGGUGCGUUCAGUAACGGCUUCCAGCUCUGCGUCGGCUUAGGAUCCCUCGUCGCGCAGCUGGUCAACUUCGGCACGGAGAAGAUCAACGGCGGCUGGGGCUGGAGAGUGUCGCUCGCCGUCGCCGCCGUCCCUGCCGGGUUCCUCGCCGUCGGCGCGCUCUUCCUUCCGGAGACGCCCAACAGCCUCGUCCAGCAAGGCGAAGACCGCCACAAAGUCAGAGCACUUCUGAUAAAGAUCCGGGGCACCGACGACGAAGGAGUCGAGAACGAACUGGACGACAUCGUCGCCGCAGACCGGUACAAGGCCACAGCCAGGCGCGGCCUGAAGAUGAUGGUCUCCGAGAGGCGGUACCGCCCACAGCUCGUAAUGGCCGUGAUGAUACCCUUCUUCCAGCAGGUGACUGGGAUCAAUGCUAUCGCGUUCUACGCGCCGGUCCUGCUGCGCACCGUGGGCAUGGGCGAGAGCGCGGCGCUCUUGUCAGUAGUCGUCAAGCAGACGGUCGGCGUCGGCGCAACGCUGGCGUCGAUGUUCGCCGUGGACCGGCUCGGCCGGCGGACCCUCUUCCUCGUCGGCGGUGCCCAGAUGCUGGUGUCGCAGGUCAUGAUCGGAAGCAUCAUGGCGACCCAGCUCGGCGACCAAGGCGAGGUGAGCAAGGCGUGCGCGCUGGUGCUCAUCACCCUGAUCGGCGUGUAUCAGGCCGGGUUCGGGUGGUCGUGGGGUCCGUUGGGGUGGCUUGUGCCUAGCGAGAUCUUCCCGCUGGAGGUGAGAUCGGCCGGGCAGAGCAUCGCGGUGGCGGUGAACUUCCUGCUCACGACGGUCGUGGCGCAGUCGUUCCUGGCCAUGCUGUGCCACAUGAAGGCCGGCAUCUUCUUCUUCUUCGCGGCGUGGCUCGUGGUCAUGACCGCCUUUGUGUACCUCCUCCUGCCGGAGACCAAGGGCCUGCCCAUCGAGCAGGUUGAGAGGCUCUGGGGUCACCACUGGUUCUGGAAGAGGUUCGUCGAAAGAGACUCCGAGAAAGAAGAAGCCAGAGCCAUUAACGACUGUCCCUGAGCAACUUGAUAUACAGUUCACUGAUCAAAACCAUUGACGAUCCAUGGCAGAAUGAAUGAUUUAGCCGUGAAUUUAAGUACCAUUAUUUUCUUCCA